GACAGCAACAGCAUCAUCAGGAGAAGCAGCGGCAGCAGCAUCAAGAGCAGCAGCAGCAACAGUCACUCACCUGGGCCAGCGUGUUCCUCCAUAGACACGGCUGCAAGGAACAGCUUCCUUCCUAGCACUAUCCCUGUGCUCCCAGCACCAUGAGCUGCUCAGAUGAUAGCACCAAGGAGAAGCUGCUGUGGAACGUCAAGAAGGAGGUGAAGCAGAUAAUGGAGGAAGCGGUUACCAGGAAGUUUGUGCAUGAAGACAGCAGCCAUAUCAUUGCUCUCUGCGGUGUGGUAGAGGCAUGUCUUCUGCACCUUCUGAAGAGGAGAGCGGCUGGCUUCCUAAGAAGUGAUAAAGUGGCGGCAUUGUUCAUGAAAGUGGCCAAAACCUGUGUGACUGCUGCAGAUAUAUGCAAGAAAGUGCAAGACCUGCAGCAACAAGUGGACGGCAGGAAGAACUUUUCCAAUGGUCAAGAAUCUUUAAAAAGGCAGAGCUCAACAACAGGAAGAACAGUUACCCUCACCCCGCAAGCUCUGAAGCACAUUUGGGUGCGUACGGCCCUCAUAGAAAAAGUGCUGGACAAAAUUGUGCAAUACAUUGUGGAUAACUGCAGUAAAUACUACGAAAAGGAAUCUUUAAUGUCUGAUCCUGUUUGUGGGCCCAUUUUGGCUGCUCUUUUGGUGGGGCCCUGUGCAUUGGAAUACACAAAGCUUAAAACUGCUGAUCAUUACUGGACAGAUCCCUCAGCUGAUGAACUGGUGCAACGGCACAGAAUCCAUGGGGCUCACAGCCGCCAAGAUUCACCUUGCAAACGCCCCGCUCUAAGUAUCAAAAAACGCCAUUCCAGUGGUAGCAUGUCAGAGGACAAGUUUGCUGCCUCAGCUAGAGAAUAUGUUGAAUCUCUUCACCAGAAUUCUAGAACUCACCUUCUGUAUGGGAAAAAUAAUGUUCUGGUUCAGCCAAAAGAAGACAAAGAAGCGAUUCCUGGAUAUCUGUCAUUGCACCAGAGUGGGGAGAACCUGACCUUAAAAUGGACUCCAAACCAGCUGCUAAAUGGAACUCUGGGGGACUCAGAACUUGAAAAGAGUGUGUUUUGGGAUUAUGCCUUGAUCGUGCCAAUCAGCCAGAUUGUCUGCAUUCACUGCCACCAGCAGCCAGACAGCAGGGGCACCCUUGUUCUGGUGAGUCAGGAUGGUAUCCAGAGACCCCCACUCCACUUUCCUCCCGGAGGACAUCUACUUGCUUUUCUUUCCUGCCUAGAAAAUGGACUUUUACCCAGAGGACAGUUGGAUCCACCCUUAUGGUCUCAACGAGGGAAGGGGAAGGUAUUUCCCAAACUCCGGAAAAGGAACAGCUCCAACAAAUCGGUUGACUUUGAUGAUCAUGUGGUUGAAGAAAUAACUACAGAUUAUGUCUUCAGAAUCAUCUAUGCAGGUCACAAACAUGAUAACAUUACUAUUAACUACCACCACUUAGCUGCCAGUCGUUCGGUCUCUGUUGAUGAUGAUGAGGAAGAAGAAGAUAGGCUUCACGCCAUGCUAUCCAUGAUCUCCUCUCUGAACCUCACAGCUCCUAAUACAAUGAAAGAGUCCGGUGACGUGAUAGAGAUGCAAGGAUUCGGUUCUACUCUUUUACCCUGGCAUCUGAAUGAAUUCUGCAGCAAGGGCUCGUCCUGCCUAUCCUGCUCCACAGGCAGCUCUCCAUAUGACAUUCCCAGCUGUUGCAGUUGCGCACACAACAGGGCACCACUGAAACAGCUGUGCGAGAAUAUGAAGAAACAGAUUAUCUCUCGAGCCUUCUAUGGAUGGCUUGCCUACUGCCGCCAUUUGUCCACUGUUCGGACCCAUCUUUCUGCCCUGGUCCAUCAUUCCAUUAUUCCACCUGACAAACCUACAGAUGCCUCGGGUGGGCUGACCAAGGAGGUGUGGAGCAAGUAUGAAAAGGACAUGAAGAACUACAAGGAGCUGGAGCUACUCAGGCUAGUGUACUAUGGAGGAGUAGAGCAUGAAAUCCGCAAAGAGGUGUGGCCGUUCCUCCUGGGACAUUACAAGUUUGGAAUGACAAAAAAAGAAAUGGAUCGUGUCGAUGAAGCCAUCGCAGCCAGGUACCUAAAAGUCAUGGCAGAAUGGAAAGCCUGUGAGGUGAUCGUGAAGCAGAGAGAGAAAGAGUCCCAUUCAGCCAUUUAUGCCAAGCUUUCUUCAGGCAGUAGCAUUGACAGCCAUGUGCUGCGCCUAAUUCAUCGGGAUUCUACCAUCAGUAAUGAUGUUUUUAUGUCUACGGAAGAAAUAGAUAUUACAGACAGAGAUCUGAAAGGGCACAACAGCAAAACAUCAAAUCUCGCAGGUGGUCCCGUUGCAUUGGCCGUGGAUCCCCAGCAGUCAGUGGAAUUUGACUCUCCAGAUUCUGGUCUUCCUUCUUCUCGGAAUUAUUCUGUGACCUCAGGCAUCCUUUCCAGCAUUGAUGAUGGACAGAGCAUCUGCUUUGAGGAAGAGGAGUCAAACACAGAAUCUGAUAGGACAGAAAUGACCGUGUGCCCUACAAGGAAAUCCAAAGCAGUCCUCAAAAUGCAGGAAUCAAUAAGCGAAGAGCAGUUGAACUCACAGCUAGACUAUUUAAAUGCCACCGAAGACAUCUCUUCCUUGUGUCCCACGUCAUAUACAAUAGAACUACUGGAUACCAUCGCCUUAAAUUUGCAUCGAAUUGAUAAAGAUGUGCAGCGGUGUGAUCGCAAUUACUGGUAUUUCACUGAUGAAAACUUAGAAAAGCUCCGGAACAUCAUGUGCAGUUACGUGUGGGAACACCUGGAUGUAGGUUAUGUGCAAGGAAUGUGUGACCUGUUGGCUCCCCUGAUGGUUGUUUUGGAUAAUGAUUUGCUGGCGUACAGUUGCUUCACUCAACUGAUGAAACGAAUGAGCCAGAACUUUCCAAAUGGGGGUGCAAUGGAUACACACUUUGCAAACAUGAGAUCCUUAAUCCAGAUUUUGGACUCUGAGCUGUUUGAACUCAUGCACCAGAAUGGAGACUAUACACAUUUCUAUUUCUGUUACCGCUGGUUCUUGCUUGAUUUUAAACGAGAAUUGCUCUAUGAAGAUGUGUUUGCAGUGUGGGAGGCCAUUUGGGCUGCUAGACUUAUAUCCUCAGAGCAUUUUGUGCUCUUCAUCGCUCUGGCUCUGGUGGAGGUCUAUCGGGAGAUUGUGCGUGACAAUAAUAUGGACUUCACAGAUAUCAUCAAGUUUUUUAAUGAAAUGGCAGAACAUCACGAUGCACAACUAAUUCUGAGGAUAGCCCGGGAGCUGGUUCACAAGGUUCAGACACUGAUUGAAAAUAAAUGAAGCGCAUCCUCAUCAGUUAUGGAGAACUGCAGGAUGAUCCAGAAGCAAAGCUGAAUCGGGCAGCACCGGAACACAUGAUUUCUUGCACUGUAAAUCCAUAAAGACAUUUUAGGAGAAUUUCCACCCAAUGGGCUAAAUAUUUUAAAUUUGUAAAAUAAGUUAAUAAAUAAAAAAAAAAUCCCCCUAAAGCAAACAGCACAAAUCAGGGACCACUACCGCGUGUUCAUGAGACACUCGUCUCAUUUGAAUUGAAGGUAAUGUAAAUAGAUUCUAUAGAUACCUUCCACUGUUGGCCAAGGAAUUUCUAAAAUAUUCUGGUGUCUGUUGAGUUUGGCUGAGGAUCCCAUGUUGUGUGUUGUCCUUUGCAACCCAUAUUACAGUUGAAUGGCUGUGUUUGUGUUCAGCAUGCAGAUAUUUGUCUGGCAAAUUCCACUGUGAUGAUAAAUGAAGGGCUGAGCAGCAGAUUUUCCACCUAGAUAAGAAGAACCAAACCUGGACUCAUCUGUGAAGAAAUCUCUUCUCUCCUGAUCCCUGAACACAAUAGAAAAAGGCCAGAUACUGUAUAUGGCCCAGGAGGCAACAGGUCAAACCCAUUUGGUGCUGAUCCUGUAUUUCCUCCUACCAAUAUAAAGGAAAUGUAUGUGCCUGUGAGCAGAGAUAUUACCCAGUGGUUUCCAAAAUAACUAAAGAUGAAAAAACCCAGGGCCACUUACAGCUAAGCAAAUAGAAGGAAGGCAAAAAACCUCCCGUUUCAGGGCAGUUGAGCAAAAGGAACUCUGAAGAGCGAUCUGUGAACCCUGUGUUCAUGAACUUGCUUUUUACUACAAGUCAGAGGUGUCAAGAAGGGGAGGAGGGUGUUUUGUGGAAGUUACCAAUAGAAGACUUUCCAUUGGAAAACUUUUAUUUAUAUAGCACUUGGCUUCUUUUUUGGGAAGGUUAAGCCUACCUAAAUCUUUAUUAUUCUCUGCCUCUGGUACCAAGCAAAGCAGCUGUGAGGGCUUCCAUGUGGUUUAAGUGGUUCCAUGGUUUUCCAGCUAUCUAUGAUUCUGGAUAUAGUUGGAGAGGCCAGGCUGUCACUAUGAGGAGGUCAGGAUCUCAGGAAACUCCAUUUAUGAGACAUUGUCAGAUCAGUGAAGUCUGUGGUGCUGCUCAGCUCACAUUUCAUGCUGCUAUCUGAGAGUUUACACACCCUGUUGGAAAUGAAAACUGCCAUGUUAUUUUGGUGCCAAAUACAAAUCACCAACACACCAUUCUGACAGGGAAAUGCAUGUACUUUCCUCAAGUAUUAUUAUUGUAAAUAUAUUUAGGUAGUGUUUUACUUUGCCAUCAUGAUUUGCCAGUCAGUGUGUCAUUGGUUCUAUCAAGUCUUCUCUGAAAUUGCUGGAAGUAUAAUAAUAAAAGUAAGUCAUACACCACAAAUCUAUAGGUAACAAUAAGGCUCAUUUAUCACUAGGUGCAAAGUGCUUAAACAGACAGAAAGCAAUGCCUCUUUCCCUGGGACGUGCACUUGCUCAGAGCAAACGGUAUAGAGCAACCUUGUACCUGUGAGCUUGCUCUCUAUGUCUUUAAAGGGGAAGUAAGGUCUAAAAUAGAAUAAGGCUUGAAAUGCUGUAUUUUGUAUACUAAACAUAAACAUGAACUUUCUGCACCAAAAUCCUAAUCAAACAAAUCAUUUAUGCUUUCAAAGUUGGCCACAGACGGUCACCAUCUUGUAACUUUGUUAAACAUCUUUGCAAGACCAAGACUGUGCACAUGCUCCGUGUGGUCAUUGUCAAAAAACAUUUAUGACUUUUCUCAUCAAUGGUCCUAUAAAGUAAGUUGGUCAAUUUAACAAUAUAAAUCAUCUUGCAGUUGGUGUAACUACAAUACAGCAGACCCUGUGGUCAUGGGAGGGGGGAAGGUGGGUGCAGACCAUGGGGUACCAACCACCAAGUAGGCUUAAUAGCAUAAAGGGUGAGGGGUGCCCUUAGUAGCAAUGUGUUGGACAUUUUAUUUAUGCUACAGAAUUGGUUAUAUUUAUCCUUCGUGUUUAAGAAUUAUUUUUGAAUUAAUGGAAAAAAAAAAGAUAGUGCCUUGUGUGUAAGAAAUGAGGCUGAACCAGGGAGGAUCACACAUCUUUCUUGUGAAAACCACAGGCCAGAUUUUGUUUCGGUGUCACCAGCAGCAACAUUACAGUUAAAAUGUCAGUCUGGAGAUGGGAAACCUAUGAAAUCUUUAGGAAAAAUACCAAAUAAAGGAAUUUACAGCAUCUUAAACAAACAAUGUCGAUUUAUUCAACCGAACCUGCUACAGUCUAUUUUGUAAAUUUACUCAUUAAAAAAAUGAUUUGCG